AGCAUGGCAGCGGUAAUUGUGAGGCAGGGUUUUUCUUUCUUUCAUCGGAGCCUUAUCUUGAAUCGCCAGUUCUUGGUGGCUACAGUGUGUACAUCUUGCUCCAGGCAAGCGAAAAUUUUUGAGCAGGGACUAAGUGUGGAUGUCUUAGCCUCCAUCCAACAGGAUAUAGAUCUGAGUCCAAAGGCCCUACAUCGGUGGAUAAUCAAUCAGAAAUGGAAUGAGCUCAAGACAGAGCACAGGUAUGAUGAAGAGAAAGUGAAGGCCAUGGGUUGUGACAUUGCAGCGGCUCACUUUGUGGUGAAACACGGCGGCGCUGUCAAGUUCCUGGGCAGAGACCGAUGGCACUGGAAGACUGAGGAAAGAAAGAGUUAUCUGCCCCAGAGAUUUGUGGAAGGGUUAACGGUGGAAGCCAUAGAUGCCUCCAACACUACCAUGAUGUACAGCAGUUUUGACAACCUUGCUAACUUGCCAUCACUGGUGUACCUGAAGCUUAGUGAUUGUCAGUACAUUGAUGACUGGUGCCUGUCCCGUUUCCACAUGUUUGCCGACACCCUACACUUCCUCGACAUCAGUGGUUGUCCCCGGGUCACGGAGCGAGGCUUGGCAACUCUACACCAUUUAGAAAACUUGAAAGGGCUGAAGAUAUCCAACAUGACCGGUGUAGACAACAAGGAACUGGUCAUGAUACUGAUGGAGGAAAUGUUGCCUUACUGUCAUAUUACUGGAAUUGACUAUGUGAGCAGAGAACAUCUGGAUUCCAAAUGCAAUGACCAGCUUAAGUCAGAUGAGGGAAACCAGAAACUACACAGCCCAGAAACAGAUGAAAUCUCUAUGGAUCGGCCCAGCCCUUCAUGAAUUCCUUUAGCAAUAUUUUAAUUUCCUGUAAAUAGUAUUAGUUUUGAUUUAUUUAAAUAAAUGGUAACGUCUUAUU